AUGAUGUUUGUGUCGGGGGAAACAAACGAUCCCCCGGUAGAAACAACAUCAUUGAUUGAAGAUAUAGUCAGAGGUCAAGUAGUGGAAAUUCUCUUGCAAGCGAACAAAACGGCUCACUCUCGUGGGAGUAGAAGUAUUUUACCAGAAGAUGUUAUUUUUCUAAUCAGACACGAUAAAGCCAAGGUUAAUAGACUGAGAACGUAUUUAUCAUGGAAAGAUUUACGUAAAAAUGCCAAAGAUCAGGAUCCUGCUGCCGCUGCAGGUGCCUCUGGUGGUCCAGGAACUGCAGCAGGUGAUGAUGAUGAUCUUAAAAAAGGUGCAGGGGAUAAGGAUGAGAAAGAGAGUGGUGUUAUGAAAGUUAAGAAAUCACAGAUAAAACUUCCCUGGGAACUACAGUUUAUGUUUAAUGAACAGCCACUAGAAAAUAAUGAUGAUGAGAACGAUCUUGAUGAAGAUGAAAGGGAAGCAAAUAUUGCUACCUUGAAAAGAUUGAAAAUGGCUGAUGAUAGAACAAAGAAUAUGACUAAAGAAGAAUAUGUACAUUGGUCAGAUUGUCGACAGGCUAGUUUCACAUUCAGGAAAAGUAAAAGAUUCAAAGACUGGUCCGGUAUAUCUCAACUAACCGAGGGGAAGCCACAUGAUGAUGUUAUUGAUAUUCUUGGGUUUUUAACUUUUGAAAUUGUAUGUGCUUUGACGGAGACUGCAUUAAGGCUCAAAGAAAGAGAGCAACUCUUACAAAGUGAGAAGAGUAAGUCAAAACAAUCCAUGUACCAGGAUCUAGAUUUCCAAGUCACAACUUUAACGCGAAAGAAAAGAUUAUUUGAUGGGCCAGAUAACGAAAUUAAUCCAUUGAAAGCGAAACAUAUUGAGGAAGCAUGGCGUUCCUUACAGUCGGUAGAUAAGAAGCAUAGAGCUCUUACGAAUUUCAGAGGCAGUAAAUUGUCUUCAAGACCGACAAUUCUAUAG